AUGCUAUCACUAUAAAAGAGGAGUGAUGGCAUACAGGAAAGAGAAAGAGGAAAGAAGUCCACUGUGAUGCACUUGACUUGACUUGACAUUUUUGGAGAAAACUCUGGUCCUCUUUGGGCUUUCCUGAAGAGAAUUCCUCUUGACUUUGUUGAUUUUUGGGCAGAAAUCGUCUCCCUUUUUGAGGGAACUCUUACUUUUGUGCUGUUUUCCCAAAGGUUCUCCUGCAUUUUUGUGGUUCUUUGGACAGAAUUCUUAUUGUCUUUGGACUUUUUGGAUAAAACCAACCCAUUCUUGAUUUAUUUGGACAGCUCUCCUGAUUGCUUUUUCAUUUUUUUCCUGUGUCUUUUGGGCAAUUUUGGGUAACUGCUAUCUUCUUUUCUCUUUUCUGGAAAAAAAAAAACUCUUUUGUCUUGUUUGAGCUUGUUCGGACAGCACCUGUUGAGACUGCUUCUGUUCCCCUGGGAUUUUUUUGAAGAGAAGACUUGCACACUUUGUACAUAUUUUGAGAGAAAACUCCUGUUCCUUUGGCUACCCUGUACCCUCUUCACUUGGAGGACUCCUGUACUCUCUUGACUUUUUUGGGGGAAAACUCCUGUUCUCUUUAGGUUCUUUGAAGAGGACUCCUUCACCCUCUUCACUUUUUGAAGAAAGCUCCUGCUUCCUUUCUUGAUUUCUUAAAGAUAACUCCUGUUCCCUUUGAACAUUUUUGGAGAUAACUUCCAUCCUGUACCCCUGUUCACCCUUGUGGGCUCUGGCUUUGGCUCGGCAUGAGCGCGGAGUGCACAGCUUACUACAGUGCCGAGAACGUGUUCGUGAGCGCCUUCAGCUGCCCCAAAGCCGAUGGGGACGCUCGUGCCAUCUUCUGCUGUGGCUUCAAUGAUGUCAAGUACUGCUGCGAUGACCCCAACAGCUUCUUCCCCUAUGAAUAUGGCUACAUGUGGUGGCUGAGUGUGGGCGCAUUGGUUGGUUUGUCCAUAGCUGGAGUGGUUCUGCUGGCAUUUAUCAUCACUAUCUGCGUCCUCUGUUACCUUUUCAUUGCAACCAAACCCAGAGGACUGGACAAUGGCCUGCCUCUCCAGGCACAAGGCGCCGAUGCCAGCCCACAGGAAGGCCCGAGCCAGCCCAGGGCUCCGUCCGGACCGCAGGGAUUCCGCAAGCAUUUCUUCAAGGGGAAACUGGACUGUGACAAUCAGCCGGCCGAUCCAGAGCGGCUGUUUCAGCGCUGCUUCAUGGCCACUGUCACCACCAUCAAUGUGGAGGGACCCUCGUAGAGGAUAAGCCCUCCAUUAUGCAGCACCAGCCGAAUCAGUACGCACUUGUCAUGCUCUAACAGCGCUUUCAUGCUUUUGGGCUUUCUAGUAAAAUAUGCUUGUGAAGCAGAUCGUGGGCUCGUAUGUAUUGUGUGUUAAAGGUAGCACAAAAUGUGUUGCCCUUCACUGGAAACACAGAAAAUACAUUGUGUGUUGGUUCUAAAACGUCUGUUUUGGAAAGUGUUUAGAAAGUUUAUGUUAAUGCAACAAAUUAACUUUCUUUGGGUAGACCACUGAUGCUCGCCAUGCACAUAAUUUACAUUCAAUCUACCCCUUAACAAGCCAUGGGCCCACCAGCAGGCCUGAGGUCUUACUACACACUUCUAUAACCUAAGAGUAGCUACACUGGUUUGCAUUGAGGCCCCUGCAUUACUGAAUAAUAAGCUUUUGUAUGAAAUAAACUCCGUAUACUAAGGGGUUAAAUAUCUAUCCCAUUUCCUUAAUGUAACCUAAACAUACCUAAACCUGAGCCUGACCCUAGUCCUAAUACUAACCCUAAUCCUAAUGCUGUUUCCCCAGAGAGUCUACUAAUAAUAUGAACAUCAGAGAGCUAUCCAAACAAGGAGGGACCCAAUUUUUUGUAAGGUGUGAUCUAUAGUAAAGAAGAACCGGGUGGACACAGGGGUUGGUUGGCACAAUGUGAGAUUCCAGGUCAGUAGGGGAAGCUUUCAUAAGAAUGUCAUAAAAAACGAUUGAUUUCUUCACCUACAUUCAUGUCAUACAUUUCGUCUGUGUUUCAAAAACAUUCUUUAACACCCUUGAAUGUUUACAACUUUGGAUUAAAUCAAAACUGAGUAUUUGUAUUUGUUGCUUCCUUCUUUCAAAUCAUAGCCUUUCAACAUUGUGCCAACCAUCCCCAGAACAUUGUGUCUGGAGGAUUUGAUCAUUUUGGAACUGUUUCAUUCCGGUGGCUUAUCUAAUAUCUAAUCACCUCAAAAAUGUCUCUUAACACCUUCUAGCCUCUUAAAAAAGAUGGUUCUUCAAGGGUUCUUUAGAAUCUAUCGAGAAAACAACCAUUUGCAAGCUUAAAGUGUUUUUUGCAUGGCGAAAUGGUUCUUGAGAUUGUUGGAGAACGUGUUGUAUGUGAUUCUAAAGAGAUCCGUUUUAAAGUGAUUCUAUUUAGCACCAAAAAGAGGUCUUUCAUUGUUACAAGCUUGAUAGCGUAACAAUAGCUGAACCCUUUUUGGUGCUAUACGGAAACCCUAACCCUACAUACGACACAUUCGCCGUCAAUCUGAAGAACCGUUUCACCACUCAAAGAACCGUUUAAGCAAGCAACUGGUUCUUUCAGUGUUCAUGGUUCUAUAUAGGAACGAUGGACCUCAUUCACCAAAAUCUUCCUACGUUUUUUCUUGAAUGUGAAUUCUUGAAUGUUCUGAAUUCUUGAGAACUUUCCUGAGAAAAGGUCUACGUCAGAUUCAUGACGUGUUCUUAAACCUCAGAACUGUUCACACCCUUUGUGCUUUUGAGUGUGUGUGUGUGGAUUGUGUUCCAACCUAAGAACAAACCCCAAAUAAGAGAACACUGGUGAAUGUCAGAACCUUCUAACGAUCAGUUAAUGAGGCCCAUGGGCUUUACUAAAGAACCUUUAAAGAACCAUCUCUUUAAGGCUGUACUUAAUAGCCACUUUGACUGUAUAUCUCUGUGUAUUCCGCUUGCUAUUCAAAAUGCCUAAAACAUUCGCUAUGGAUUUUGAUAUUUUUUCCCACAGUGUUAUCAUACAGUGAAUGAAGGUCAGGUUCUCAGGGUUACGAUUAUGCAAGCAAUUAUCCUGUAAAAUAAGUGUGCAUCAAAGCUGAGGGUGUUAAUGCAAAUUAGGGGCUCGUGUCAACAUCUAUGCCUUCCUCUCAGGUAAACAGUUUGACUACUUACUUACCUAAUCCUGAACCCUUCAGAAUGUGACACCAUUCAAUCCUCCCUUAUUUAUGAGAAGCCACUCAUAAGCAGCUGAAGACAUUGUUUGUUUGUUUGGGGGCUUUUUUUGUUGAUAACACUGUCUUGUCUUAUGUUGCAGUGUGCAGUGUUGUAAAGCAGAUGAUGCCUGGAAGCCUAACACUGGAAGGCCAUUUCAAAACAUGGCUUGUGGUGUUAAAGCACAUGAGCCAUUAAUACAGUAUCAAUGGACACUCCAUUAUGUUGUGUAGUGUCCACCUAAUUCACCGCUACCUUUUUUAUCAGUCAAAUGGCUGCCGGUCAGUUGGUGGCGGUGGACGGUGGUGGGACAUGCUGUUCUGACUGGCACUGUGCCUGAUGUCUGAUUACUGUGUUGAGUGCUGUUUUACUAUUUUGGGUGUAUAAAUUCUGGUCUGGUCUGAUUAAUCUGGGCACUUUUCUCUGCCAAAUUAUAUCCAUACAUUACCUUUUCGGUUUAUUUUGAACCAUGGAAGUGGAUUCAUUAUAGAAAGAGCCCCAGAAUGUUCAGGCUAAGUACCAGUAAGAAGCCAGUUAUGGUCAAGAAGAUAUAAUAGGAACCUGUUGGAAGUUGUGACAAAGUGACCACAAUAAUAUAUAAUUUAUAUAUGUUUAUAAUUAAUAAACAUAAUAAGAACCAAGGUAAAAAGAAAUCAAAGCAAAUUGUCUCUAAAUCUGUAAACUUCAGACAAAACUUAUGCCUUUUUGGACAAAGCGACUCACUGGUUUGAGGUGUGGUGCAUGCUGUAUGCAGAACCUUUUGUUUUGAGACCUCCCCCUGACUGUGAUUGGUCCUAAUGGCUGUGUCAUUCAUUCUGAGACCUCCCCCUGACUGUGAUUGGUCAUAAUCACUAUCAUAUGUUCUGAGACCUCCCCUGACUGGGAUUGGUCAUAAUCACCAAUUACAUGUUCUGAGACCUCCCCCUGACUGUGAUUGGUCAUAAUCACUAUCAUAUGUUCUGGGACCUCCCCCUGACUGUGAUUGGUCAUAAUCACUAUCAUAUGUUCUGGGACCUCUCCCUGACUGUGAUUGGUCCUAAUCACCUUGUCGUUGGUUCUGAGGCCUCUCUUGACUGAGGUAAGUGAUUUUACUGAGACCUCCCCUUGACUAUGACUGGUCCACUGCAGCUCCCAGUGAUGCUGAUAUGUACACAGAGUUUUUUCAUGUAUUUUCACAACAACAUAUAGUGGUAGUUCCAUUUUGCUUAGUUUUUUUUAUUGUUUGAAGUAUAUUUUUGCCUUAAGAGUGCUUUCACACUUAUCUUGUUGGGUGUCAAACCUUUCUUUAGCUUGGUUUAAUUUGACAGGUGUGAACACUACACCCGUAUUCACAUGCACACCAAAGAACUGAAAUGUGCAACCAUCAGUGCUGUAUUUUCUGCAUGAUCUGCUGCUUUCACAUUUGACUCACACUGUUCAUUGAUAUUAAGCAUCUCAAAUUCCAUUCAAUGUAAUGGACACGUACAAACACCGUACAAACUAUUCUAUGUCUGAUUCGUGAAGUUUUUUACACAACAUGGAAACAAUGAGAGAUCUGAGCACAAACAAUGAAUGAACUUCAGUGCAUGAAAUCAAGUGCCAGCAAACCUCAUUUACAUAUCAUUUGCAUGAAGCACGCCCCAACUCAAGCAAAUAUUUUGAUAAGGAGCUAAUAAAAUCACAGUAUAUAGUAUGUUGUGAGCCCAUACGUGAAGUCUGAGGUCGAGCAGUGAGUGCACUGUGAUUGUGGAGUGUGAUUAUUAUCUAAAAAUAACAUUUCAAUGCUGUGUUAUUGUAUUGUUUGAGGUGUUUCUGCACUAGCUGUGUUUUGUAUUGUUUAUUUGGUGGGUGGAGUCAGUAGUAUAAAGCAAAAUCACUGUAAUAUGUCUUUAAACAUGGUUGUUAUAGUGUAGUGGGUAACUCGUCAGCCUUCUAUGCUGUAGACUGGGCUUCAAUCCCCUGCAUGGGUCAGCACUCUACACUAUACCAAUAAGAGUCCUUGGGCAAGACUCCUAAUGCCAACUUCACCUACAUGUGUAAAAUAGUGUGCAUGUAAAAUAAGUCCAUCCACUUUUGCCUUGUUCACUAAAUACUGUUAUUUUUGUUAUUUUCAAUUUAUAAUCUUAUUACUGCUGUUAUAUAUGCUGUUGAUAAUAUUUAUCCACAAAUCAAGCAUUUUUUUCAGGUUGUUAAAUGUUUACACUCAAUUGUACACGCGCUCCUACCAGGUGUGAGUUCAAUCAGACAGAUACGCCAAAGAUGAAACUGACAAAUAACAAAGUAGUCAGUGAAAUUUGUGCAUGCUUACGAUUAAAUUUGCCGAUACGUAAUUUUGAUGCAUAUGAUAAUAUCAUAAUAUCAUAAUAUCAUAAAAAAGUAAACUCUGGGUUGGACCUGUGCCUAAGGGUGCACUGAUUUUAGUUUUUAAUUAUUUCAAUUUGGUUUUCUUGAUCCAGCCCAAAGCAGAAAAUGAUGCUUUUGUAAUUUAGUCUGGUUUGCUUGGUGUUCAGGGCCAAGUUUCAGCAUCAGCCUUGUGCUACGAUAAUUUGAGAAAUCCAGCCCAGACAGAAGCAUUUAUCACUGAAAAAAAGCCCAAUGGCACAGAUUAUAUGGUAUAUUUGGCAUUUUUUCAGAGCCAUGCUGAAAUCUGCCCUAACUAUUCUCAUGGAUUUGACAUGUUUUUAGGAUUACAUGUCAUUUUUGUCUUGUUUUAUCUUUGUUUUGUUAUUUUCUAAAGUAAUCAGGCAUUAGAUACAAUGCACAAUUUUUCCCAUGAAAUGAAUCGUAUAAUAAGUGUAAUAAUAAGUGGCCUCCAGCAGCUUACUGCUUUUAUAAAUAAGACCUGACACCUUAAAUCCCAACAUAUUGAAUAUGUGGUCAUCUGGAGUUCUUUUACAGCUUCAAACAUUCAGACUUUUUAUAAUUACCAUAUAAGAGCUCAUGAAGAGAUGUCAUGUGUCAAAACAGGGUGAGCAAUUAAUGUGGUUCAUUUUGCAACAUUUGGCCCAUUUCGAUCUUUCGUUCAUGUUGCAUUUAUACUAUUUAUGUGGCUUUGCAGUUUUUGAGACGUUCUCAGAGCAGCACACGAAGUGUGUAGGAAAGAACGAUCUAAUUUUGGAGUGGAAUCUGAAAAAAGAAAACAAAAGCCGCUGUGGAAUUGAAUAAGUUUAUUUUGCCUUAUUUACCUGUAAGUUGAGAUGUUUCUUAUAUUGUUCAAGAUGUUUGCCCAUCAAAUAUUGUAUUUUCAUGCUGCUUUCAUCACCAAGGAAUCUGUAGUGGGCUCUAUCUAAUUAUCAUGCCUUUCAGCAUUGCCUUGAGCAAAAGGCCAAGCAGGCCACCAAGCAGCGCAUUAGCACAUUUUCUUAUGGAAGAUGUUUGGAAUGCAUCGCAUGCUUCGGUUCCCUUGUUCUUUCAUUGAACACAGAUUUUCUUGAAAGCAAUCCUCAGAUGGUCUCAUUGAGAGCUGCUUUACCAUGACUUCUAAAGACCAAGAGGCCAUUCUGUUUACCAUUCAUAGAGAAAUUAUGGCUCCACUUAACAACCUGUUUUCUUUUAACCAGAAGAGCCCAGGCUCUGUUGUUUUCCAUUCUAUAGGCACUGAUAAAAGUAAUCUUUCCUCUCAGGCUUGAGAGCUCCUCUCCAUUAUGUUCCCACAUGGUGAGCAUAGACCUCUUGGCCAGCAGCUCACAUGCAUAGAAGGGUCAAGAGAUUUGUUUACGUGUUUAUCUUUGGUCAUCAUCUCUGUUGUAAAGGAAUCUGUUUUUCUUGAUCCUUCAGUGCAACAUCAGGAAAAACAAGUGUAGGUUGUACCAAGAAAGGAAACAAAUUUGAUCAAUGCUCUGUAACAAAAUGCAACACUGUGAGAUAAUCUGUCGCAUGAAGAGUUAUUUUCUGCCUUGAGUGCAACUGCAAGCCAUUUAAAAAAAUGAUUUAA